AUGAACGAAUGGAGAGUGGUGGACGGGGAAAAGAAGGUGGAAAGUCCGGGUGCUGGCGGCCGUUCGACGGGUGACGGAAGAGGAGAAGCGCCAGUGCUCAGGAACUUGCGGAUGUGGGAUUCCUCGGGGGGCAGUGAGAGUCCACUGCAAAAGAGUGAGGUGUGCGAGUGUGAGAUGAACGGUGGAUUGCGCAACACGAUCUCUUGGUACGGGGGCGUGGACCAACUGUAUUGGAGCUCGAGAGGUGCUGUGGAUUCCAGAGGCGGGCUGGGCGACGUCUUGGUAGCUCUUGGCUUAGUGCUACUCGGCGACGCGGCAGUGGCAACGCCAAUGUCCAAGUAUCCUCGUGGGGGCUGGGACAAUGCACCCGGUAGCGUCCCUAGCAACCAACCCGGUUUUUGUGUCUGUAUCUCUCGUCCCGAAAGGGGGUUGGGUUGGGUCGGUACAGAGUACUCUUAUCCAGGACCAGGGGAGGAGAAAGAAGCCUGGGAGGAUGUCAGGAUGGGAGAAUGGUUCGGAUUCUGUGUCCCUGUUUCACUAUGCCAAUUAAUUCUGCGACCCGGUCGAUCGCACCCCUCUCUCAUCGACCCCGAGCCCAUGGACGCCAACACGGGCGCUACGCUGAACGCUGCGCUUGCUUUGCUCGCUCGCUCUCGUGAUCCCUCCCAUCCACCCGGGCUGGCUGUCACUGACACCAACGUUCCCAAAAAGGAAUAA